CUAAAAUGUUUGUAACAAACAUGAUAAACGCAAUGAGAUGAAAUGUCAACCUGUUAUAAAGCUACGCUGUUACAAUUUCUCAUACUAUAUGCUAAUUUUAUUCCUCAUUACGAGUCUAUGCCUUGCACAACAUCAAGAAUAACAGUACAGAAGGUGAACAGAUGCCCCAGAAAUCAGCUGGAGUGGAUAAUCGAAGCGGAGAAAGCCAAUUGUUCAUCAAUUAAUCAAACGUGUGUUAAAUCAUAUGAAUUCGUUUAUCAUUGUGUUUUAAACACAAUGCUUACCGAAUUGCUCGAGGUUUGUGCUCCUGCAAAGCCAAUAUAUGGCAAAAUGUGUGCAGAGUAUAACAUUGGUGGCAAUUUAAUUCAGGAGAGUUUAGAUGCAGGCUGUGGUACGGAUAGAAUUCCCUGCCCUCCCGCAUAUCCAUCAACAGAGGCAUAUAAAUAUCAAGAAUGUUACAAUUUUGUCAAGCAGAGCAAAAACAUAACCAAGAAUAAUGCUACAGCAUGCAACAUCCCAAGCACAGACACUGGAGAAGAAAUCAAAAUAAACUUGACGCUCUUCGUAUUUCUGACUCUUGUCGUGGUUUGUCUAAAUGCAGGUAUCUCUUCAUAUAUUUUGUUAAGAAAUAAGAAAAGGAUGCAUCUGAAUGCAGAUAAUGGACGAGAUCAAUUCCAAAGAAAUCCUUUUUUAAAUGCAGAUGCCACCACCGACAGAAAUUUAAAUGAAUACAUGAGAAAUGAAUGCGAUUCAGUUUGAAACCUUGCAUAAAAGUUCCAUCCUUUCCCUCAUGGAAAUGAUUGAUCAUGAGUAGUGAAAAUGAAUUGAAAGAUUGAUAAUGAAUAUAUGCUGAUCAAAAAUACACAGAAAAAUUCAUAUCGGAUUCAUAUCAGAUAAUCUGUUCCACACUCAUGAGAAAUUCCUUAACAACCCUAAACCUGUACAGUCAGCUCAUAUAACAAGUAUCAAUACUUAUUAUAUAAUGGAUAUCACCUGUUAUCUUUCACCGAUAUGGACAUGGACGGGAUAUUUCGGAGCGCUUUGACAUGUGUGCAUAUCUGAUUCAAAAAAGACACUUUUUCAAUAAAAAAGAAAACCCCUCGGAGGAACAUUCAAGAGCUAUGAAUACUUGUAUCAAAAAUUCCCUCCAGGACACGAAUGAAAUCAAGAAUUGGCCUAAAAUGGUUUGAAGAGUUGAGUCAAAAGGAAUCGUAAAUGUUCAGAGGUCUUUCAACAGGAUCUCACCUAUCCUUACCUAUCCUCUUCGUGCCUGCUGGCACAUAAGGUCCUAUUACACUGGUUUUACCUGCCUCUGUCUUUGGCUGUUGCCCUCGCUGCUGCCCAGCUUUUCCACCCCAGUUGUAGCCUUUAACAGGACCAGUUAGUAGAAAUACUGAGAAGCUUUGUAGAAAUACAAAUUAUAUAAUUGAAAUUAAUAAUUUCACAACCAAAAUAUGUAAAAGUGGGGAAAAUAUCUUGCAUGUUGAUGAUGGGCAUACGAAGAACGGAAUGAACGCAUUUGAAUACUCAUGAACAUCCAAGGAAUUUAAACAAAUCUGUUUUUGAAGUUAACUCACUGAUUAAAUUAUUUGAAGAGCCGUUGAGUCACUUUGAAUUGCCAGGCAUUCUUCACCUCGUGGAAAAAAUAUAUUUACACACUAAAUAACAUUAUUGAAGAUAAUGACACAUGCAUAAUUGAAAUUUUACGCCUCAUGCAACAAGAAGUGGAAUAAGAUGUGACAGAUAAUAAAUGCAUAUAUGUUGCUGAGAUAAAGUCAUGAUCCAGAGCCUUAAUAAAUUAUAUCUAAAAGAGUUUAUACAUGUAUUAAGUUUUCGGAAAAUACAACAAUAUGGUGUAGUGUAGCACUGUUAAUGACUGGAAUCGAUGCAUUUGAGGUUGGAAAAAUAAAGUCUGCCUUAAAAAGGACAAGAUAACCAACUCCAAGUCAACUGGUCAUCAAGUGCACUAAAAAGAACAUUGGAGGGGAAAAUGACAGUUUACCCUUUCCACUCUACCAAAUAACCCUAAUUGGAAUUUCUAGAGGAAACUAUUUAAAGAAAAAUAAUUAAAGUAUACUACUUAUCUGAAACUAGUACUAACAAUCUUAUAGAUUAAAAGGGAACGUGUCUGCAAUUUAUACGCAUGGACGAUGCUUCAGGUAUGGUUAUAUGCAGAACAGAAAUAUGUAUAGUACAGCUGUAUAGAUGCACUUAACCUCCUACGUAUGUAACAGAAAGGAUAAUAUUAUCAUUAUGGAAUUACAAAAAAUUAUUUCUUUGAGACACUAGUAUUUGGAUGCUGGAGUUGUCCGUAAAUUUUGACAUUAAAAAAACGUUUAAAUAUGCAAAAUAAUGGCAUUCAAAAUCAUAAUCUGAUACUAUGGAACAAUAAAUUAGACUUGGAAGAUUAUUCAAUCAAUGCCUUGAAAACGUGACAGCUGACUGGUAUCAUCAAAUGGUCUUCAAACAAGAACAUCAGCAUAUCACGAGGUCCUAAAAAUGUGAUAUCAAUUGAAUGUUUUUUUUUGCACGCUUUAUUUGACUCGAUCGUUUGUAAAAUUUAAAAAAAAUGACCUAAAGGGGAAGAGUGGAUAAUUUCAUUCCGAUACCAAGUUCAGAUUUAGAGUAAUCGUGCAUAUAUUUUGAGAUUCAUUAUUUAUGGAAUUUGAUCCUAUGUUUUAUCAAUUAGUGUAACAUGUUGCAUUGAAAUCUGACCACACCUAUAAGAAGUGGCGGGUUUCUUGCAUCUACUUGUGUUCCAAGAUUUAUUCUUUAACUCAAUUUUGUGAGUUGAUACGAACAUCAACAAUCAAGUUUAUCAGUUUUCCUACAUACAGGUAAAAACAUUUUCCACAGUUGACACAAAAUUUUCAUUAAGUAAAUUAUUAAGAACCAUUAUAGACUUUGCUAUUAUUAAGCUUUUAGACGCUGUUUAGUAUUUCGUCAUCUCUAGUAGCACAAUUUCAGAGAAUAUCUGAAAAAUCGUAAAAAAGUUGACAUCUUCUUGAUCAUCUUCAUGUAUUUAAGUUGAAUCAACAUAAUGAUCCUUAUUUUAAAUAAUAACACAUGUCAGCUAAGUGAACACUCUCAAGGUUUUUCAGUAAUUGUGGGUAUUUAUCGAAUGCAAAUCUUUAAUUUUUUGGGAUACUGUAAAAUCACUAAUUUUCUUGGGAGUUGAUUUUUUUUAUGCUAUGAAGAAACUCACUAAUUCAUGUCUUUCACAAAAUAAAAGGUACAAUUUAUGUACAUUUCUUCAACAAUGAAAACAAAUCCAAACAAACCGCAAAAAAUAUAAGGAGUAUUUUAUUUAGGUACAUGUAUGUUGGUAUUAUUGUGAUUAAGUAAAGUGUCAUGUCAUUAACUAUGUUGAUUUUUCGUAUUGUGACAUUUUAAAGUACAAUUUCUUGUUUAUUUGCAUGAUUGUAGUUUUUCAUAUAAUAAUAUGUAGCAGUCGAGAAAAUUCAACAUUCUCUCUUGAUUUACCCGACUUUAAAGAAAUAUUAUCUUAUGUUUUUCUAUCUUAUUUAUAUGUUAUAUCCAUAUAAAUGAGUUCUUAAAAUAUAUAGGAAUGGAUAUGAAAAGGAUAUCUUUUAAUUUUUUGCUUCAUGCUUAGCUUUUCUAGGAAUGAUGUAGCCAGCAGAGAAAAAUAUUAUAUAAGGAUUUAGUUAUACAUGUAGUCAUGCUAUUAUCACUUGAUCUUGCCAAAAUUUGUCUAAAAUGUUUUGAGCGAAUUUUGGAAGUAAUGCAUGGAUUAAGAAACUAAUUCAUUAUUUAAAUACAUGGUUUGGGGUUCUAAAACUUUCUUUAUAGAUUUUUGUUUAUUAGCAGAUGCUAAUGUAUCUACAUUUGUAUAUUUAGUUUCAUACACAGUUUGAGUUUAAUUGUAUUGCCUCAAUGUUUCCAAACUCACUCUUUAUUUGAUUUGAUUAUGAUAAAUAGAGUGAUAACAUAGAUAAAUAGACAAAAAUAAAUUUAAUAUCGCGUGGCCAUGCAUAUUUUAUUUGUA